GUCAGACCAUGGACCGACAAGUAUCUAUAGUGAUAGCAGACACCUUUUUUAACUAAGCAAAUCAUUUCCACAAAAAUUACGCAAAGAUUUUACCCUUUUCGAUACACUACAUUCUUGCAGCAAACAUGAGUGGCUACAUCCCAGUCGUGGAUUUCUCGGCUUACAGCCUUGACAACAAGCGUAAGAACGUAAACGACGCUGACCUGGAAGCGCUGACAGAUGAACUCAUGCAGGCUUUCACUACUGUGGGCUUCGUGUAUUUGAAGAACACAGGUAUCCCGACAUCAGAGCCCUCUUCACAGGUGAACAACGUCUUUGAUGUCUACGAUAAAUUCUGUUUUCAACCGGAAGCGGUGAAGGAGAAAUACUCCCGUCCGGUGGACAGGACAGCAGAGCGACAUGGCUGGAUGGCUCUGGAGAGAGAAAUGUUGUCUUUGGUAGGACGGGACACGCCUGCCCCCGGUGACCUAAAGGAAUGCUUCAACAUACACCCACCCCUUACUGAAGGGCAGACCUGGCCGGAGGAAAUCCCAGAGUUUGAGCCGGUGAUGAUGGACUUCUAUCACAAGUGCCACGUGAUCGCCAUGCGCCUGUUGGAGCUCAUAGCCAGGGGACUGGGAGUCGAGGAUGUAGACGGUUUCCUGGGAAAGUUCAAGUACGUCGGAAAGGGUCGUAACGGCACCAACCUUCGAACCCUCCGGUACCCUCCGGUCCCGGACGUCAUCAAGAAGGACCAGGUCAGGUGUGGUGAACACACUGACUUCGGCUGCCUGACUCUGCUGUUCCAGGACAACCAUGGCUUGGAGGUGGUGAACGCUGACGGGGAGUACGUCCCAGCCUCGCCCAUCCCGGGUACUGUCGUGGUGAACAUCGCGGACACCUUACAGAGGUGGUCAGCCGACAAGCUCAAGUCGACGAGGCACCGUGUGGUGAUGCCUGAGAGCCCGGAGGAGAGGCAGCGCGUGCGCCGGUCCAUCGCCUACUUCUUCCACUGCGACAGUGACGUGGAGCUGAACUGUCUGGACGGGUCGGACAAGUACGAGCCGCUCUUGGCACGAGAAUACCUCAACCAGCAAGUCGGGGCCACCUACCUGUCCGGGUAGAUGGGCUGCUCAUCUCAACCCCACCUGCCCGUUCAGUUGGUAGAAGUGAUCAAUUUAACGACCAGCUCCCAUCGAUAACGACUGCUUUAAUGUAAACAGCAGAUAGAAAGCAGUUUUAUAAUAAAUUUAGUGGUGUAUUGCGUUUGUGGGCUUAAGGAUCAAACUUCCAGAUAUCGGUCCUAGGUGUCCUAAAGCUGUUAUGUCAGGACGUCCACAUUGGUGAGGGUAUGGUGUAUUUCAUGAACUUUUUGUUUGUGUGCAUCAUUUGCAGCUAUCAUUUCUAAUAGACACAAUCCAACAAAACACAUCCUACACCUUCCUAGUCCAAAUUUCAAGUUACAUUUAAUGUCUUCCAUAUCUGUUUCAUGCAAAUCACAAGAAAGGACUGUCACAAUACAGCAACCCAGCAUCAAUGCAAUAUAAUUCUUCACUAUUGGACAGACUUGAAAUCAACUUAAUGCUACUGUUCAUGAAUGUAACAUCCAUAGAAAAAGUUUGGUAGACUUCACACUAAAAUACUUACUGUAUACAUUAGUAAACAUUGUUUAGCAAGCACUUUGUAUAUCUUGGAUCUGAUGGCCACACCACACUAUAGUGUUUGCCUGCUGGUUGGUUAAACCUGUAAUGGUCAGAUCUUCAAAUUUGCAAUGUGUUUGCAUGUGACUGUGAUCAUAAUUCCAAAUUCAAAUGUUUCUGACAAUUUCCCGGUUUAACCAUCCAGCGUGGUGGACAAUGCUUCUGUCAUAGACCUGUGAGUGCAAACACUAUAGGUAUCAGAGUUGGAGUCUCUACAGGAGGCAUCCAAGAAUCAACCAUUCAUUGCUGUGUGGCAAUAUGAACAACAGUAGCUUCUGGACAUAGCCCAACACUGUCUUGUGUAUGUCUUACAGAAGCUACUGUUGUUCAUAUCUAAAGCAUCAGUUGAAAAUUGGGAUUGUGAAUGCUACUUGUGUUUAACUUAAGACAAACUUUUCAUGUAGUCAGGCCAUUAGUCCAAGGUAAGAGGUAUUGAGUGUUGUAUUCAUACCAGAGGUAAGGUAUGUGAUCCUGUGAGACAUACAGAAAAAGAUGGCUUCAUAUUUACACUGUUGGUCUGAGCCAUGGUAUAUAGAGUAGACAGAAGCUUGUAAGUGUAUGAGGAAUGACAACAGUUUUGCAUUGUCAAAGAAUAAUGGAAAUAGCUUGUUAAAGAUAAUUUGGAAAGUCUGUAUGCAGGGGAAGCUGAGAGGAUUUUAACAAGCUUCUUGGCUGACACAACCUUAUUAGAAUAAACAGGAGCUUCACUCACUUCAUCUUACUGUACACUGCCUAUCAACAUCUGACAACAUUUGGUGCAAUGCAGUUCUUUGAUUGACCACUAUAAUGUACAAAUCCUGCUGACACUUUUAUUUGAUAAAGAUAAUCUUAAACGUGGAGCAAGCUUUCAUCCAGCAAUCUAAAAGUACAUGAAUAAAGUACAUGUAUGCCCCAUG